AUGGAAAGUGCUAAUAGUUCAGGAACAAAUAGUGUUGGUUUAUCAGGAAAAGACAAAGGUCUUUAUGAUUUGGGAACAUAUUUUGCUCAAUUGGUUCGAUGGCUUCAUGCAAGUUUAUCGAAAAAAACUGAUGGUUAUAUAUCACGUCAUGAUAUAACUAUUCGAGCAAUAUUUCUUCUAAAUAAUGUUAAUUAUCUUCUCAAAAGACUUGAAAAUUCUCCACUUUUGGCUAUCAUUCAACGUUGUCAACCUGAUCUGAAAUCGAAAUAUGAAGAUGAUUUUCAAAUGAGUUUAAAAGAUUAUACAAGAUGGUAUGUUAUUAAAUAUUGAAAGCUAAUUUUUAUCUUUUUCAAUACACCUGUAAUAACUUCAUUUCAUCCCAUGCGACCUAA